AGAAACAACCCACUGUUAGAAAGCUGAAUGGCUACGCUUUAAAAUGAAUGUAAACUUUAACGUUUUCGUCUAUUAUUUGUUUAGCAAUUUACAUUUCAGUCGAGGAUUGCGCUUUUUUUUAUACACCCUGUAUAUAUAUAUAUACGUGACGCCUCAUUGCGACUUUUCUGCGCCGUUUUAAAACCACUCCACCACGUAUAGUCUUAUAUGCGGUAACAAAGGGCAUGCAGAUCUAAAUCAUUUGAGUUUUCCGGUUAGUUGAGCUCAUAUUAACAGGCCCUUAUGUUGUACUGUUUUGUAGUGCGAUUUUGUCCCUGGAGGUGGCUUCAAAGCUGGUAACUAUCGCUGUGUCUGCCGCAAAGGAUUCUAUUUCCCCAGUCCUAAUGCGAAAAACAAAUACUUCGAAGGACGCGACGUAAUAUCAGCUAAAGAAGGCAAGUCAAACUAUAGUUCAUACGACUGUAUACCGUGCCGGGAAGGUUGCGAGGAGUGUAUUGAUGAUACGCCGUGUAUGUAUCAGAGGAAUAUGUCACUGAGGACUGUGUUUUUGACGAUCAGUGAGAUCAUCAAAGCAAUCGCAAUUGCCUUGGGUGUGUUUAUCUUCAUCUUCAGAGAAACCAAGGUAUGGAUAUUCGUAUGUGUAUACAUUAGUAUAUUUAUUAUGAUAUAAGUUCUAUUAUACUUAAAUACAAUACAAAUAAGACAAUAUUAUAAAACUCAUGUUGCAAACAGUACAUAUAUAAUUAUGAAUACAAUAAAAUGGAAUGCAAUCAGAUAUACAAUUCAACACAAUAUAUUCAUUAGAAAAUAAUAAAAGUAAAAUAGAAUACAUGCAAUAGAACACAAUUAUACAUGUCAAGUACUAUAUAGAAUACAAUACAGUUACUAUAUAAUUCUAUUUUAGAUCAUAAAAGCAUCCAGCCCUGUUUUCAUGGAAAUUAUUGCGUUUGGAGUUGUUCUUAUGUAUUUUGAGGUAAGGAUCGGACAUUUUGUAAAUUCAUCUAUAAUAUAAUUUCCUGGAAUUUUGGGUGACUUUUCACAUAAAUCUCCCAAAUUCUCAGGGGUGUAAGAAAUAGAUCUGCACUCAAAUUGUUUCACGAUCUCAUAUUUUAGAUCACACUCGGGUAUUUCGAAGAUACUGUUCUCCUUUGCAUAGCAAGAUCGUGGCUCUAUCACACUGGAUUUAUUUUGGCCUUUGGAUCGUUGCUUUUGAAAACGUGGAGGUAUGUUCUCUUUAGUGAUCCAAUAAGAGCCGCACACCAAAUUUGGCCAGAAUCAAAUGUUUCCACAACCGCCUGGUAAACAAUCCUUUCACGUUCUCUGAAUUUCCUUUUUGCGGGGAAUUUCCUUUCCAAUUAAUCUCGGACUCUCACGACCGACAUUUUGCUGCGCGACUUAAUAUCUCUUAUUUCAUGCGCCCAACAAGAACAAAAAUAUCAGUACCAUCGUUCGCAUCAGCGUAAGAAAUUGUACUUACUGAUACCAAAUCAAAUUAAUUUCUUUCGUUGUUGACAAAUCUCUCAAAAAUGAUUAAACUAUAACAAAAAAUUCAGUAUUUUUGACCUUUUAUCUUUCGAAUCGUUGGUUUUGUUUUUCGGCCGUGUACCAAUGGAUUCGUCUCACUUUUCUCUUCAUUUUGAUAGUAUUUUGAGCCCAAAAUAUUUUAUUUUGAAGUUUUAAAGGCCAUGUAAAGUCCGUAAUGUAAACAAAGGCUUUGUUUACAUUUUGAACUCAGUGCUACAGUUGUAAAAUAUGACUAUAGAUAUAUAUUAUACUGAAUUUUUAACACUCUUCUGGUUUCCUAUACAGGGUGAGUAAAAAAACUGAUACCUUCGCGCCUAAUUUGAAUAACAAAGGUGUCAGUUUUUUUUACUCACCCUGUAUGCUUGUAAAUGAAUACAGACUAGAGAUUCAAUUCAAGAAAGUUUGGAAGGUGCGAAAUAUUAAUAACAUUCCAAUAAUGGUCGAGUCCCGACCAUUGGAAUGUAGGCCUGCGCAGAACGGACUUUACAUGGUCUUUAAUCCCAGCGUGCGGAAUGUGGCGUACUAUACAUUUUACUUGGAGGCACACAGUUAUAUAUUUAUAGGCAUCGCAUUUUGGUACUGGGUCUGGUUGGAUCAUGCAGUGUUCCACAGGAAGAAACAAGAGUAGCCAGAGAAGACCUCUUAGAAACCUUUUAGAAAUUCAAGACCGUACUGAAAUUAUAGUCAGACACCUGCCUGUUGCAAAAACAAAAGCCAUCCCUUUCAAACACAAUAAAACCAUUGCCUGGUUCUUUAUACACAUUCUUUCCUAUUUUCUAGAAUUGCAGUAAUAUUUCGUCUCCGCACAGCCAAAAUGAUAGAGCUGACAGACAGGACAUUACUCAAAUACCUGUCGUUAAUGUUAGUCGCUGUCUUGUGCUAUCUUAUGAUUUGGACGUGGACACAGACGCACGAGUCUGAGAUUAAAAUGACGAGUGCUGGCUUUAAGUACAAACGUUGCGUUCGGGAAUGGUUUUCAAAUGCUAUUGAAAUAGGUAAGUAAUUCUCCAGGACAAUUCAGAGCAAGACGAUUUCAUUUUGGUCAUAGUGUUUUCGGCAGUCGCUGAGUGCACAUAUACGUAAAAACGCGAAUGUUGUUACAGACCUACAAACAAGUUGUAAAAAGGUUGUUGACAAGUCGAUAUCAGGAUAUGUUCGCACUGUUUGUUCCCAGUUGUUGUGACAAGUCUGGAACAAGUUGUUAUUACUUUGUUACAAAGUUGAUGACGAUAAUAGACUUUUUUUCUGUAUUGGUGUUGUGUACUCAGGUGAAUAAUAUGUUUGCGACGUUACUCUGAGUGCAUAUCCACACCGGGCGAGCUUGAAAAAUAUGCCCGGCCACGGUGGGAUUCGAACCUAUACGACCUUUGGAAUACUAGCCCAAUGUUGUUCAGUUACGUGCACAUGAUAUCAGACUUGUUGGAACAACUUGUUGCGACUCUGUUGGUCACAUCAACCUUAUUACAAGAUGAUAACAACUUGUUCCAGACUUGUCAACAACUGGAAACAAGCAGUGUGAACACAUCUUGUCGACUUGUUGACAAGCUGUGAUGUUUUACACUUGCAGGUGGUACCAGGUUAAUUUAAGAUCUACGAUUUGCUGCAAAUCGACGACGUGGUGCACAUGUCUGUUGAACCACACAUGUUAAAAUGGACCAAGUUGUUACAGGUCUGCAAACAAGUUGUUACAAAUCUGUUCACUAGCUGUCGACAAGUUGUGUUCGCACUGCUUAUUCCUAGUUGUUGCAACAAGUUUGGAACAAGCUGUUAUUGUGUUAACAACAAGCUUGAUGGCAUUGUCAGACUUGCUGCAACGUUGUUCUAACACGUCUGAGACAGUCAUGAUAUAAGAAGAUUGGAAGAAUAUUACAAGGUUGAUGACACAAGGUUGUAACAAUAUUGUUAUAUCAUGACUGUAUCGGACUUGUUGGAACAACCUUGUUGUAGCACGACUGUAUCGGACUUUGUUGGAACAACCUUGGGACAAGCAGUGCGGUAGCGCAACUGUAUCGGACUUUGUUGGAACAACCUUGGGACAAGCAGUGCGAACGGCUUGUUGGCAGACUUGCUACAACAUGUGACAUUUUAAGUUCACCAAAAGAGGGGUAUUUCUAGGUUGAUUUUUUUCUCCUCCUGGCAAAUGUGAUCUAACGAAUGACAUGCAAAAGACUUUUGUGUGCGAGUUCACUCAUUUGCAUCCGUCAGAAACACAAAAUAGUCGACAAAAUUGCUAGUGUGACGCAAGUUUAAAGCACGGCCUUAAUUUGCAAUACUUAAUUUGUAUAGGGGAGGUACUUCUUCUUCUCUGGGGUGUAUGGUUGUGUCUACGUGUCCGCAAUGCUCCAUCAGCUUAUAACGAGAGUAAAUACAUUGCGUGGUGUAUCUAUAACACUGUGUUUAUCAUGAUCCUGGUCGGCCUACUGAGGUUGGUUAUUUUAUUACUUCAACAUUUAGUUCUAUCGAAUGAGAUGCCCACAAUUCUGCUAUCUACCCAUACGUAUACCUUACAUUGGUAUCACUUUAGUAUUUAUACAUGAACUAUUGAACUUGCGGUUAUAGAGCUCGACAACUGGCCUCUGUAGCUCAGUUGGUUAGAUAGAUGGUUUAUUGAGGUAAAAUCUUGCAGCCUUAAAGUAGCCAAAUUAUGAGUACUUUUACAAAGCAUUACUAUACGGUAGUUAGGUGUAUACAGCUAUUUCGAUUAAGGUUGUCCACGAGCAAAGCGGAAAAGUCGAAUACGAGCGCGAAAGGCUGCUGGGAAUUGCUUUGAAAAUUCAUUAAUUUGUUAGCGAUUCCCAGCAGCCUUUCGCGCUCGUAUUCGACUUUUCCGCUUUGCUCGUGGACAACCUUAAUUGAAAUAGCUGUAUAUACACUAAUAAAAUUGUUAAAGGUAAAAGGUUAUAAUACAUGACCUAUUAUAUAGGCUCAAAUUAAACGGGAUAACUAGAAAAGUUGAUUCUUAGUUCUUUGCAUUUGGUUUCGUUCAGUUGGAAACCGUCAACUUGAACCUUUCAAGAAAAUUCAUCCGCAUAUUCCUGCAUGUAGCUAUAGUUUUUUUGCCACGUUUUCCUCAAGGGAGGAGUCGUCCACAUAUUUCCAGGGUUAGAGCGCUGCACCAGAAUUGUAGGGCCACAGAGGGCCUAUAUAAUUGCUCCUGCAUGGAUUAUUUUCCCCAUAUCUAAAUGGUCAAUUCGCAAUCUACCUAUCUUCAAAAUGUAUAUCAUUUCCCUUUCAGAAUUGUUUUGGACAAUUUUCACAACCCGGAUGUGUCAUACGUUGUGGAUUUUCUCUCCACUCACGUCGUCGCAACAAUCUUGCUUGCUUUGCUGUUCAUAUCUAAGGUAUGUAUGUGAUAUAUCAUACGCGAAAAAUUACAGCGAUUUGCAACACGGAAACGUGUCUUGAAAAAGGAGACAUAGCCGAGUUCUUUACAUUGCCCCGAUUGUUUUUAGAUCGAUGAGAAAUUUCUAAAUUCAAAGCGAAAAUGGACUUAAUCCUAGAUUAGAUAUCUUAGUAUAUAUCGUAGCUCGGUUUCAACAAGAGCGUUUAUUAUCAGCACGACGAUUCAGUGCUGUUUUGUAAAAAAUUGUAAACAGGCUAAUAUGCCUCGAUCAUACAAGAAUAAAGGAAUACCGAAUGGUUUUCCGUGCAGGAUUGCGUGAUCCAUGCACGAGGGAUGUCGCGAGACUUUCGGAAAGCGUAAAACUACUCGCAGGCGAGUGUAUCUUUACGCUUUCCGAAAGUCGACCAACAUCCCAAGUGCAUGGACCACGCUAUCCUGCAUGGAAAACCAUUUGGUAAUUGUUUUAUAAAAUAACUACAGUGAAACAAUGACAUUCUGAGAAUCCCGCGUAGGCAUUUUAAUUCCUCGUGCAGGAUAGCCUGAUCCUGCACGGCUAUUGACCAAUCAAAUUGCGCGUUUCACUGUAGUUAUUAUAUAAUGAGUGUUCUGUGUUCGCAGACUGCCAACUCUCAUGGACUCUCAUCAACUUUGAGCUGGUUCAUCAAAAACAUUCAUUUUACCCGAAGUGGGAAAUUUGUUUUUAAUCCUAUGAGACUGUAACUAUACCAUGACUACUUCAGUAUUUAUCUUGUAUGCCUUAUCAGUCUUUAAUGGACCUAUUCCCUAAUGAACAAAAUUUUGAUCUAGAUAAGUCUAUAGACAAAAAUUUCAUCACAGCUUGAAAGAGCGUCACAAAAUUAGUAAUAUUCCGAAUUUUCGUUGCCAAAUGUUGUAAAAUGCGGAUAAUAUAGCCCUGCGAAGUUUGCCGUUUUUCAGUCAUAUUGUAUUACGCGCGGGAAAUUGAAAUUUUUUCAAAAAGCGGUAUCAAUUUCCCGUGCGUAAUACAAAAUGACUGAAAAACGGCAAACUUCGCAGGGCUAUAUUAUCGGCAUUUUACAACAUUUGGCAACGAAAAUUCGGAAUAUUACUAAUUUUGUGAUGCUCUUUCAAGCUAUGGUGAAAUGUUUGUCUAAACUUGCAUGUCUAGAUCAAACGUUUGUUCAUUAGGGAAUAGGUCCAUUAAAAACGUAUUGCUUCAUACGACAACACUUCAAGAGAGUCACAAACGACAAUUUUUGUUAUUUUUUCCUAUUUAUUGCAAUCUUUUGUGGAAAAGUUUGAGCUCCAAAUCCAAAGAAAGAAAGAAACAUUUUCUACCUCUGUGCCGCGGAUUGACGGAGACGCAACUACGUGAAAAUACAAGCAGAAUUUCGAACUUUGAGAAGCCAGUAGCCAACUGGUUUGUUUUUUAAGUAUCUAUGAUAGCAAAGAUUGUAAAAUAACUGGAUAGGAAACUUCCUGACGUCACAGUCUAAACCUAGUUGCAAUCUGUGACGUCACGCGUAUUGCCAAAGUUUUCAGCGUUUUUGUUGUUUCGCUAUAUUUUCCGCUUUAAUUUAAAAGAGUAAUAUUGAAGCAUAAACUGGUCUAACUGUUUUGAAAACAUGCUUAAGCCACGACAGAGUAUUCAAAGUAAAUGUUUUUCGUCUUUGUUUUGUAUUUUUUUUUACAUUUGUAGCUACGAAAUUUGCGAUGCAUUUUUCACUGUUUAGUGCUUGAAAUAUUUGCUAAAAUUGAGAUUUCAUCGUAGAAUGGCGUAGUUAUAUUUAUUUGCUCUUUGACUAAAAUGUUUAGCUGUAUUAUUACUAAACAUGCCGUUUUUGAGAAUUUGGUUUGCAACUAGGUUUCAAGAUCCAAUCACGUUGUCAAAACUACAAGCUUAUGGGAUACGCGACCACACACUCAAAUGGUUCCAAUCGUAUUUAGAUCAAAGAAAGCAAAUUUGCAUGCUAAAUAACUGUAAAUCUGAUAUUGAAACAAUUCGUUGUGGAGUACCUCAGGGUUCAAAUCUUGGACCUCUAUUAUUUCUCAUUUACAUAAACGACCUCCCAAACUGCCUAGAAACAACACACUCUAAUUUAUUUGCUGAUGACACAAUUUUAUCAUGUCAAGUGCAUUUAUCCAUAGAUAUUGAAUACAAACUUAACAAAGACCUAGUAAAUGCUCAAAAAUGGUUAUCAGCGAAUAAACUAACAUUAAACAACGAAAAAACCAAAUAUAUGAUUAUUGGAUCUCGGCAACGAUUGAAAAACUUAGAUCACGUGCCAAAAAUCAGUAUAAACGGACAUCAAAUUGAACGAGUUUAUAAAAAGGAAGCUUUGGGUAUAGUUAUAGACGAUAGACUUAGCUGGAAUAGGCAAAAUGAAGAACAAUGUAACAAGAUAUCAAAAAAUAUUAAUCUUUUAAGAAAAGCCAAAGAUUUUGUUGGCCUAGAUACGCUCAAAAUUAUGUAUAACGCAUUAGUCGCGCCUCAUUUUAACUACUGUUCAACUGUUUGGCAAAAUAACAACCAAACACACAAAGACAAAUUAUAUAAGCUUCAGAAACGAGCAGCAAGAAUAAUAACAAAUUCGGACUAUACUAUAAGAUCUUCGGACAUUUUUCAAAAACUUAGCUGGAAACCUCUUGACUUAGUUUUGAAAAAGCGAGAUCUCCUUAUGACAUUUAAAGCGAUUAAUGGCAUGCUUCCAGAAUACGUAACACAACUAUUUCACACUUGCGAAAACAAUGGUUACGUACUGCGCAGUAGUAAUUUAAAGCUGUCUCAACCUAAACCAAAAACGAAUUUCUUGAAAAAUAGCUUUUCGUACAGAGGAGCAGCGUAUUGGAACAACAUCCCAGUAAACUUGUUGAAAACCCUAAGAGAAUCAACAUGUUUAAAAUCUGUCCAUCAUCUAUUAAAUAAUUACCUCUUGUAAAUAAGUAAAUAAGUAAAUAAGUAUAUUUUGUAAAUAAGUAUAAUUUAGUUUAUUAGUUCCUUCUUUUAUAAUGCAUUUAUUUUCCGCACGGCCCUUUGAAAAUCACCUAUGUGAAAGUUUACCGUGUUUAAAGAUCAAUAAUAAUAAUAAUAAUAAUAAUAAUCACGCCAUCAUCCCAUUGAAAACAUUAGGUCACGUCAGCUAGUUUCCUAUCCAUUUAUUUUAUUAUCCAUGAUGAUAGGUACUUACCCAUCAUUUCGUUUGCUAUUUAGAUCUACCACCUGCGGAAGUUCAAGAAGGACACACAAAGACGAAAUCGUGCCAACUCGGCAACAUCCACAACAGUAACAGACCUGCGCAAAUCACCGUUUCAUUUGAAUCGUCUGGUUGACGGAACACUCGUCGUAUGCGAGAUUGAGGAGGAGAGAACCGUGGUGGGACUGGAAAGCGAAAAUAUUCAUCUGCGGGUGAGUGGCACACAUUCUCGUACCCAGAGCCCUUCUUACGCGCGUUCGACCGAGCCCGACGAGGGGCUCUGGCCAAAUCCAUAUCAAACUGGCUUCUGAUUGGCCACAACUAAAUAUAUGGUUUAUUGUAUAAAAUAUGAAUAAAAAUCAAGCGCUCCAUGAAGCGUUGGUUUCAUUUCGGAUAAAAUUGGGAGAAAAGACGUUAUUAAAGUUGAAAGAACAGCAGAACGAAGCAGUUAGGAAGAUUGUUUAUCGCCCACAAAAGCGGUAGAUGUAGCUAAUUUUAUUUAUUUAAAUCAAUUUAUAGUUGAUUGAAAUUAAUAGGUUGAGACGUGAUGUUCCCAUAGCAAAAAAUCAGCAUAUUUUAUGGCAGAUGCCCGUCGUAUUUCCAAAUCAGUGAUGUUUAAUCAAACAAAUCUGUGUUACAUUUUCAAAGCUGACGUGCCAUCUGAGAAAAUAUUAAAGCCAGCCAGAAUAUGAAGUUAAUUGUGAUGACUAUUUUCUUCCUAGAAACCGAUUUUUUACAAUUUUCAAAUGAUUUGCAGUAUAGUAUGUCUUAUGUAUGACUGUUGACUUUUAAUAAAACAUAAAAAAGUCUAAAAAUCUGUACAACAGCGACUUAAAAUCGAAUAUAAAAUUGUGAGACAAUCUCUCGCGAGUCUCGUCUUCGUAUCCGCAGCCAUUUAUAUAUACUGCUUUGGCAACGUUUAAGAGGGAAAUAUAUACUAAAUUUUUAUCAACAUCACAACAUGCAUUGAGAACAUCACGUCUUACCUACUAAUUGAUUUAAAUAAAAUUAGCGAAACCUACCGCUUUUGUGGGGUUUUCCUGGAGAAAAACUUUCAAAACGAAACAAGAAAACCGCGUGUUUAUCCGCGUUUGACGUUGAGCAUGCGCAGUGUUUAACCGGAUACCAUGUUUUUAUGGUAUCCGGUUAUGGAUUUGGCCAGAGCCCCUCGUCGGGCUCGGUCGAACGCGCGUAAAAAGGGCUCUGGGUACGAGAAUGAGUGGCGCACUGAUCUUAGAGCUACAUCUGGAUUGCGAAUAAUUUAGAAAGUUGAACAUCUCUAACCACGAGAUGACUUAAUCUUUGAUUCCGUCAUUGAGAUAUAGUAGAAGACCGCUAACUCGAACUCCCGUAUAAUGGCUCACAAUAGACCUUAUGCAUGAUGACGUCACAAGGCUUGAUGCCCGCGAGGAAUGCUGGUCUUAGUAGUCAUCGCACGGGAAAAUUAAACAAUUCAAAAUGGCCACUAUCGAAAUUUUCCCGGGCGAUGACUACUAAGACCAGCAUUCCUCGCGGGCAUCAAGCCUUGUGACAUCAUUAUGCAUAAGGUAUAUUGUGAUAAAUAAUAAUACGAUUAACAUAAUAAACGAAAUCCAACACCGACCCCCGUUAACUCAAACCCCUGCUAAAUCGAACAAUUUUUCGCUUCCCUUGGCCUUGGGAGUUCGAGUUAGCUACAUUUUAGAGUUUUCCGGGUUUAAUUGCAUUUAGUUUAGGUUUCCUCUAUAGAAAUACAGGACAAACAAGAGAUGACCAUAACUGGACCUCUGGAGAGAACAGUUUAGAACUGACAGAGCGUCCAGUGUAACUAAAGUCAGCUUAAAUAUAUUGCGUUUCUUUGGACAAACAAGGAAUGGACUUUUCUGCAUUUCUAGGGAGAACGGUUUAGAAGUAAUAAAGCUACUAAAGGCUAGUUUCCACUAAGGAAAAUUAUCCGUGGAUUGGAACGGACAAGAAAAUUUUUCUUUGUCUCGUGAGCUCUGGGUUGGAACUAAUGACUUUUAACACAAAGAAAAAUUUUCUUGUCCGUUCCAAUCCACGGUUAAUUUCCCUGAGUGGAAACUAGCCUUUAGUGUAUAAAGUAAAGUUUAGUUUAGUUUAUAUUUUUAACCAUCAUUCACUAUAUAAUCACUUAUUUGCAACAAAAUUUUAUUUCACAGGAAGAAAUCCGCAAUUUAAAUGCAAAACUCGCUAUAUUUGAAAACAAACUCGCACGCGAAAGCAAACGACUGGGAAGCAGCCCCGAAGACGAUUACAAACUCCAUCACAGCGAUUCUCCAAUCAUCUCGGCCGACAGCGAAACGGAGAGCUCUCGGGACGGAAACGGAUUCUCCGACAAGCACGCGAGGAAAUGCUCGGCCGCAGCCGAAAGCACCGCGAGCAAUGGAAGCGUGUUCGGGCGAGAGGAAAGGGGAGGAAGUUUAAUCGAGCAUAUUAAAAAUGCAGGAAAACAGGACAAUUUCUUGGUAGUUCCGAAACAGAACAGUGUUUCAGACGAAGAAACAUUGACUGUCAUGUCAAAUAUUUCCAACGAAUCCCCGUGAGAGUUUCAGCGUUUAAUCAAAUAUAUCACGAUCAUAUAUUUGAAAAGCAAAUGCGAUUUUUGUAUAAUAAAUGUUAAAUAUAUAGUGAUAGAGAUUUAGUUUUUUUUUGUUUUGCUAUACUGUAUAGUACAAGCUGUCUCUGGUAACGUUGUACUGCAAACACUGAAGAAAUGUUUUGUAAAAUUUUUCCUUGCUCGCCUUCGAAAUUAUUCUUGUGGAACAAGAUACAAUUACCAAAUUCAGAAACAUUUUGCGAGUAUUGAAUGGACCUAUUCCCUAAUGAACAAAAUUUUGACCUAGACAAGUCUAGAUAAAAAGUUCACCAUAGCUUGAAAGAGCAUCGCAAAAUUAGUAAUAUUCCGAAGUUUCGUUGCGAAAUGUUGUAAAAUGCGGAUAAUAUAGCCCUGUGAAAUUUGCCGUUUUUCAGUCAUUUUGUAUAUUACGCGCAGGAAAUUGAUACCUUUUUUCAGAAAGCGGUAUCAAUUUCCCGUGCGUAUUAUACAAAAUGACUGAAAAAUGGCAAACUUCGCAGGACUAUAUUAUCCGCAUUUUACAACAUUUCGCAACGAAACUUCGGAACAUUUCUAAUCUUGUGAUGCUCUUUCAAGCUGUAAUGAAAUUUUUGUCUAGACUUGUGUAGAUCAAAAUUUUGUUCAUUAGGGAAUAGGUUUUGGGAGGCAAGCCGCACGAAGGAAACAGACAGCACAUGAAAGUAUAUCCAGCUGUUCAAUCAUCAUUUGAAUAUACAGAAGGCAAAAUAUUUUAGUACAAUAUUUAUACAGAAGACAAAAUAUUUUCUGGUACAAAAAUUAUUUAAUGAUAGUUCUAUUGUGGCUAUAAGUAAAACACAAAUAAUGAUUAAACAGUUCAAUACUUUCAUAUUCUAUUCCAGUCUCAGCUACAUUUUAUGAUUUCAACUGCAAUUUGUCCUUGAUGCGCAAAUGUCGAGACUCAGAAUGGCAGACUAAUUUUUGAUCUAGACAAAAAAACAUUCCCGUAAAGAACUCAUUAAAAUUAGUAAAAUUGCAAAAUUUGGUUACGAAAUGUUGUAAAAUACGGAAAAUAUAGCCUUGCGAAAUUUGCAAAUUUUGUAUGUUUGUAUUGCGGAAAUUGUUACCAUUUUUCAGCCGAAAAUGGAAACAAUUUCUACGUAAAACAAACAUAUACAAAAUUUGGAAACUUUGCAAGGCUAUAUAUAUUUUCCAAGCUUUACAACAUUUCGCAACCAAAUUCGCAAUUUUACUAAUUUCAUUAUGUUCUUUUUAGCUGUGGUGUUUGAUUCCCUUGUCUUUACUUAGAUUAAAAUUUAGUCUAACAUGCAAGUUGUCAAUAGACCUUUCCCCUUUUGAGUGAAAUUUUGAUCUAGACAAAAAUUUCUUCACAGCUUGAAAGAGCAUCACAAAAUUAGUAAUAUUCCGAAGUUUCGUUGCGAAAUGUUGUAAAAUGCGGAUAAUAUAGCCUUGCUAAGUUUGCCGUUCUUCAGUCAUUUUGUAUUACAAAUGGGAAAAUGAUAAUCAGUUUGAUCAUUGAUUAUCAAUUUCCCGUUUGUAAUGCAAAAUGACUGUAUAACGGCAAACUUCGCAAGGCUAUAUUAUCCCCAUUUUACAAUAUUUCGCAACGAAACGUCGGAAUAUUACUAAUGUUGUGAUGCUCUUUCAAGCUGUGAUGAAAGUUUUGUCCAGGCAUAUCUAGAUCAAAAUUUCACUCAUAAGGGGAAAGGUCUAUUGACUUAUAAAGCAUUUUAAUACUCCCAUAGUAAUUUGCUCCAGUGGCAAAUGUUUCAGACAAAUAUUUCCUGGUUUGCCCUCCUUCAUGCCUAUUCAAAACAAUAUAUAGUAACUGCAGCUUGCCAUUAUACCAAUACAGCUUGUGCUAGCAAAACAAAAACCUUAAAUGAAAUCAAGCCGCUAAAAAUCCGAAACAGCAGUAAAACCUAGAAUUUUAAAAGAAUUUCUUAUAAGAUAUUUUAAAUCCAAUGCCGGGGAUUGCUGCCAGCGAAGAACGGCGUUCACAAAAAUUUUACAUGCGAUUUUAUUUUUUUCCCAUAGACGAUUAUUAGAAUUACUUUGGCGUAACAUUCAUGCCUAGCUUCGACUUCAUUCUUUUGGAUAUUUGAGAACACACGAAAACGCCAAACAUUAUACGUAUAAAGACUGGAUAAAAUUCAAAAGAAUGAUCUUGAGGUUAUAGGUGUACAAAUACAAAUGGUUUGAAAUUAGAAGAGAAUAAAAAUAGCAGAUCUUUUUCAUCCAAUGUAAAUUUAAAUUAACUUCCAAAUAUUGUAGAAGAAGAUAAUGUAAUAUAGUAUAAUUAAGUUAAAAUAAAAUAUUCUAAACAUAUAUAUAAUUUUAUAUAUAAUUUUUCCAAAGCUAACAAUAUUUUUUCUCAGAUAUAAAUAUUUCUAAAGCAGCGGAAAAUUUUUUGUUUUCGGAGCAGGAUUCGAACUUAGAUAUUCGGGAUUCUAGCUAGGCCGCCAAUUUACCCGUUGGCAGCUAUCAAGCCAAAAGGUUUAUUCGCAAAUCGUCCUAUUUCAGAAUCAUCCUCGCGCUACAAUAUAUGGGCAUUGCAUUGCUUCUUUUAGAGUACAUGUAUGUGCGGCGUUUCAAUUAUUUUCUGAACUAUUCUCGAUGAUAUGAAACGCUUUUCCACACUGCUCUGUAUUAAAAGUUCAUCAAUGAUUAAACCUUUUCCCUCGUCCGCAUUUUCGAAUCUUUUCCUGCGCCGCAACUCCUUUUAAUCGCUAUCCCGCACCGUAAAUCCACAACCCGUGUUUUAACUUUCCGAUUUUUGGUCCGCUGCAUAAUUUGCUCUUUCCUAACAAUUAUUAGGGGAAUCUAAAAGGUGACAUCAUUGUACUGACCUUUAUAAAACAGAAGUUUAUUGUAAAUGUGCUAUCACUUACGGUUAAUUAACCAUUCACAUGCAGUUAUGUGCAGAUCUUACUCCAGAAUUCCCUUGUGCGAUAUGACAAUUUUUUUUCAACAUUCGCAAGGAUUUCCACAGAACACCAAGUUUCCCACAUCCCCAGCAAAGACACGAGCCGUUUCGUGUUCGAGCGAGGUGAUCAUUCCUUGAUAAAUUUCCUCAACAUUUGCAAGGAUUUCCACAGGACUGGAAGUUCUCCCACAUAUCCAGCAAAGACUCGGUGUCGUGUUCGGGCGAGGUGAACAUCCCUGGAUAGCAUUCCUCAAAACAUGACCAACGUUG